AUGGGGAUGGGGAUGGAGAUGGGGAUGGAGAUGAGGGGGAUGGGGAUGGGGAUGGAGAUGGGUAUGGGGGUGGGGAUGGGGAUGGGGAUGGAGGUGGGGACGGCGGACCUCACCGCGCCAUCGGCAACGCAACAGGAUGCGUGUGUCAACGAGCGCGGUGAAACCCCGGUGGAGGCCUCUGGGUACUCAACCAACAUGGUCGACCACAGCUACAUCAUCACUCUCUUUGCCACCUGUUUCGUUCUGCCUCUCGGGGUGAUUUUCUUCUGCUAUGGAAAGCUCCUGCAGAAGCUCAAGAAGGUGUCACAUGGUCGCCUGGCCACCGCCAGGAAGCCCGAGAGGCAGGUGACCCGCAUGGCGGUGGUGAUGAUCGUGGCGUUCAUGGUCGGCUGGACGCCGUACGCGGCCUUCUCCAUCCUGGUCACGGCCUCCCCGAGCAUCCACCUCGACCCCAGGAUGGCUUCCAUCCCCGCCUUCCUUUCCAAGACGGCCGCCGUCUACAACCCGAUCAUCUACGUCUUCAUGAACAAACAGGACUUGAUGCCCUAG